AUGGAGGGUGCAGCUGUAGAUUUCUUGCUCCAGGCUACAGUGGAUCACAUCUGUCAGUGCUCCAGAGAUGCCCAGCAACACUCACUCAAUCCAAGAGAGCAGCCAGAGAGCAGCCCUGUUUUAUGGAGGCCCUGGAUGCCCACAGCCAGGGAUGGUGAAAUGACAGAGAAUCAACAAAUGUCACAACCAGAUGGUCAGCUAACGAAUUUUAGAUCAAAAGGAGCCCUGGGGUUUCAACAUCCAGUGAGACUUUAUCUGCCUAAAUCCAAAUGCCAAAAGUUUCUUAAUAACAUUGGAGAGAAGGUUCUGGCUAACUUUCCAGUACAAGCGACAAUUCACUUCUACAAUGAUGACACUGACUCUGAAGAAGAUGAGGAAGAAACCAGUUCCGCCUAG